UCGCACUGCACUCGAACGACAAGUUGUCGGCCGACUUGCCAACAAAAGCCAUAGUAUCUGUCCAUGUCUCGAAUGUCUCGAAUAUCCAGCACAAGCGCAACUCCUCUCGCAACAUCGUCUCACUUCAAUACGCCUCCUCCCAAACUACAUGUCGUCCGCAACCCAGCGUCGCGCGUCCGCCAAGCCGUGCGCGACAAUAAUGUAUCCCUCCUGCAACGUCUCCAGCACAAGACAGAUUUGCGCAAUACUGAUGAGAACCGCUUGACAAGCUUGAGCUGGGCUGCUAUGGAAGGUAAUAUAGAAGUCUUUGAAUGGCUGCUGCUAGACUAUGGCCAUGACGACCAAGAGCUGUCAAGAGAUUCCGACAAUAAUACUAUCCUGCAUCUGCUGGCUGCUGUCCCUUCGCGGUCCCUCUCUCCUCAUACCCAAAUCCUCAACUCGUCCUCUUCAUUCCCUCCACGCCCGAACCCUCGCCCACUCGCUGAACAAUCGGCUAUAUCUCUACGUAUGACACAUCUAUACGUGGAACUUUUUCCUUUUCUACUAGAUUGGUCUAACACAGGCGGCAAGACGGCGCUGCAUGUUGCUGCUCAAGCGGGGAAUGCGCCAUUCAUAAACUUCCUGUGUGACUUGGGCGCUGAUUUGGAUCUGACCGAUUUGCAGGGAAACACUCCGUUGCAUUACGCAGCUGCAUGGGGAUACCUUGACACCAUCAAAGUAUUGCUGGAAAGAGGCUGCCAAUUCUCUUCGCGAAACUUUGAAGGAUUCACGGCCAGCGAAUUUGCCUACUCGGAUCGCGUUCAAAACGCUUUGCAGACGAUGGCUCGCGAGCUUUUCGAAGAAAGAAGGAAUAGGAGGAAAGAGGCUAGAGAUCGGCAAGAUGCCAGAGAGAAUCAGAGAGCCAGAAGUGGAAGUGUAUCCACAAGCGCAAGCAUGGGCUCUGGCGCGGCAUCAUAUUCCAGCAAUCCUGCCAAAUUUCUUGACAACUACCAACCUAAUCAAUCAGCAUCCCAACAAUUGCAUCCAAAUGAACAUACCGGAUUCUCGCCUGUGUCACGCAGCUCAGAUCAAACAUCACUGUUAUCGGGAUCAUUCUCAUCUCGCCAUAUUACAUCGGGAGUGUUAUCAAAACGUCCUUCCGCUAGCCGACUUGGGGCUUCUCCUCCUUUAAUGAUGCCAGAACCAGCUCCACCAACUCCACAGCUUGGGCAGCUUCUCCAACCGUCCUAUAACCGAAAUCCAGUGCCUUUCUCUACUCAUCCAGCCAUGCCAACUUUAUCCGCUGUGACAAGGCAGCCAGAUAGUACAGAUUCAAAGGCUACGGCAGAUAAAGGAGAUGUCGUUGUUGAUGGGCGGAGCGAAGGCAUAUCCAUGGGGGCAAAUUCGGCCCAUGAAUGGUAGUACUCAUGCCAAUUUGAUAUGCAUUUGGCAAGGAUUCAUACAAUUUUUGGCCGUAUCUAGUAUGCUUUAGGCACUGUUAGAAUGAUACUGGAACAGGCAGAUCGAGAA